AUGCCAGAUGCUGCUGCUCACCUGCCCUUUUACUAUGGCAGCAUUGCCAGGUCAGAAGCAGAGGAGCACCUCAAGCUGGCGGGGAUGUCGGAUGGCCUGUUUCUGCUGCGGCAAUGCCUGCGCAGUCUCGGGGGGUAUGUGCUCUCCAUGGUCUGCAACCUGCAGUUUUACCAUUACGCCAUUGAGCGCCAGAUGAACGGUACCUAUGCCAUUGCGGGGGGCAAAGCGCACUGUGGGCCGGAGGAGCUCUGUGAGUUUUACUCCAAGGAUGCCGACGGGCUCUGCUGCACCCUCCGCAAGCCCUGCAACCGCCCCAGUGGUGUGGAGCCCCAGCCUGGUGUCUUCGACAGCAUGAGGGACAAUAUGGUGCGCGAAUAUGUCCGACAGACAUGGAAACUAGAGGGCGAUGCACUCGAACAGGCCAUCAUAAGUCAGGCUCCACAGGUGGAGAAGCUCAUCGCCACCACAGCCCAUGAGAGGAUGCCCUGGUACCAUGGCAGCAUCGCCCGGGAUGAAGCUGAACGGAGGCUCUACUCUGGGGCACAACCUGAUGGGAAGUUCCUGCUGAGAGAAAGGAAGGAGAAUGGUGCCUAUGCCCUCUCCCUCGUCUACGGCAAAACAGUGUAUCACUAUCGGAUAGACCAGGACAAGUCUGGCAAGUACUCCAUCCCCGAGGGGACCAAGUUCGACACGCUCUGGCAGUUGGUGGAGUACCUAAAACUCAAACCGGACGGGCUGAUUUUCUACCUGAGGGAAACCUGCCCCAACCCCAACAUGCCAGCGUCUGCAGCACCGGUUCCACCAACCCACCCCUCUGUGAGCAGAAACCUUGGGCCUCUCAAUGCAGAUGGAUACACGCCAGAGCCUGUAGGUGGAGGAAAGUCACGCCUGCUACCCAUGGACACUAGUGUCUACGAGAGCCCAUACAGUGACCCUGAAGAACUGAAGGAUAAGAAGCUUUUCCUGAAGAGGGACCACCUGAUGAUUGAUGAAGUGGAAUUGGGGGCAGGAAACUUUGGCUGCGUCAAGAAAGGAGUCUACAAAAUGAGAAAGAAGCAGAUAGAUGUGGCCAUAAAGGUGCUGAAGAGCAACAAUGAGAAAACAGUGAAGGAUGAAAUGAUGAAGGAAGCCCAGAUCAUGCAUCAGCUGGACAACCCCUACAUUGUCCGCAUGAUUGGGGUCUGCGAGGCAGAGUCCCUGAUGCUCGUCAUGGAGAUGGCUUCUGGAGGGCCACUCAACAAGUUCUUGUCUUCCAAGAAAGACGAGAUUACAGUCAGCAAUAUUGUGGAGCUGAUGCACCAAGUAUCCAUGGGGAUGAAGUACUUGGAGGAAAAAAACUUUGUCCACAGGGACCUGGCAGCCAGAAAUGUCCUGCUGGUCAACCAGCAUUAUGCCAAGAUCAGUGACUUUGGACUCUCCAAGGCUCUUGGCGCUGAUGACAGCUACUACAAGGCCAGGACAGCAGGAAAGUGGCCCUUGAAAUGGUAUGCCCCAGAGUGCAUCCUCUAUCACAAGUUCUCCAGCAAGAGUGAUGUAUGGAGCUAUGGCGUGACCAUGUGGGAGGCCUUCAGCUACGGGCAGAAACCGUACAAGAAAAUGAAAGGGCCAGAGGUCAUCAGCUUCAUAGAGCAAGGGAAGCGCAUGGACUGCCCCACAGACUGCCCGGCAGAGAUUUAUGCCCUCAUGCAGCAAUGCUGGACCUACAGAUGGGAAGAGCGUCCAGGAUUUAUUUCUGUGGAAAACACAAUCCGCUCCUACUACUACAGUAUUGCUGCCAAGACAGAAAAUGGGCCAGAGACAGAGGACAAGUCAAAAGCAACUCUUCCUUGAGUUUCGCUCUC